AAACUCCACUGCGCGCUCCGCUGCGCACAGACGCGUAAAGUCAGCUGGAGUUCCCACGAGUCUCCAGUUGAACAGAAACUCAAUUAACUUCAGAUCGAGUUUUUAGUAUAUAUUUGGAUUAAUCCCUUGUCUGGAAGAAUUUAUUCUGUGACCAUUCUGGUACUGGAGGCGCAGAUCUACAGUUUGAGGGCCGCGGGGUUCAGAUCUACUGUCUUUAGGUGUUUCCUGAUAGAGUGAAAAAAAAGCCACAAAUGCAACAACCAUGGAUAUUGGCAACGAUGUCGAUUUGUCCAACAACAACAUCAUGCCUCUGUGGAAACCGUACAGCACUAAACCUCCCCAGAACUUGAACCAAACCAGGCAGCGACCCAUCAGUUACCACCAAAACGGCGGGAUGACGUCUGACAUCCACUUGGAGAACGUUGAAUGUUCCUUCACUCCCAACCAGCCAGCUGAGAGUUUGAAUAAAGUCACUCUAACCCAUGUUCUCCACAAACCCUCCAAGAAAAACAGAAUCGUCAGGAGCAUAAGCAGUGUACGCCGUGGUAGAAAAUGUGGAACCAUGUCCAAAUUGAGGACUGAGGACAACAGAAGAACCUCUGUUGGAGACUAUGGUAUGGAGAAAACUAAAAAUGGACAAGCUGUGUGGUCUGAAAAGCGCCCUCAGGAAAAGCAGAGGAGUCCAAUCGGUGAUACCACCGACUCAGAAAAAGUCUCUUCUCUCGGCUCACCCUCAACAGCUGCAUUUCCUCAGACACCUGAAAACCACCCUGAUUUGUUCUCCGUUUCGUCCAGCUCUUCUGGGCUGUCGCAGCUCCCCCUCACGCCCUCCCACAGCUCCACCUCCAGCAUCCCCUCGCUCCUGUCCCUGAACUCAUCAGAUCCUCCAACCUCACGCUCCCCGUCGCCAGCUGACAGAGCCCAGACACCAAUCAGACAACCGCCAGCGUCCCCCUCACCCUCACGCAGCACAAAGCAUACCUCUUCAUCUUCUUCAGUCUCCUCGUCACCUUCCCCCUCAGCCUGUCCCGCUUCCCCUGUUGUCCUCAGCACCUACAGUCCUGCUGCUUUGAAGAUGGGCACACAGCAGCUCAUUCCCAAAGGUUUAGCCUCUGAUAUUCGGCACAGUAAGUCGUCCGGGACACAAAGUCAGGGUUUAGCAGGGCUGCUCAGCGUGGACCACUCCAAAAGAUCAGUGAAAGCUCUCAGCAUGGUGGAAACAGGGGCCUACUUUUCUACAGGCCACACAGAACGUGGAGAUGACGAGAAUGAGGGUCCAGGAACUUUAAAGAGAGGCUUGAGGAGCACUUCAUACAGGAAGGCAGUCGUGAGUAGCAUGGACAUGGAAGAGUCAUUGCUGAUGAAGCCCUUCCAAAUGCUGACAUUGGAAAGUCCAGAGUUGAAGCAGAGCCCAACAAGUCCUGACCCUAGUGGUGCUGAUUCGGUAAAGACUUUGAGUCCUGGGACUCCAAAAUCUUUCACUCCCAGAACUUUGAAGCCCUCGAGUCCUGAGAUGGAAAAUCGGAAAGGCCGUGGCAUAAUCCAAAGUCCAGCUAGGAAGGCAGUCUUAGUCUCUCAGCCGACUUUUGACAGCGAAGAAGAAGAGCUGUAUCAGAACUACAAGGAGAAAGCUUUACAUAACGACUCGGACGAGGAUGCCGAUGCCAGGGAAAUCAAACCUGACGAUUGCAUCGUGGUGCAAUACAGACCUUUACGUACCACCUGGAGCCAGCUCACCGUGGUGAAGAAAAGUGGUCUGUCUGAAAAGCUGAGCCAAGAGGAACGGAAAAGACAAGAGGCCAUUUUUGAGCUCAUCUCGUCGGAGCACUCUUACUUCCACAGCCUGGAGAUCCUGAUCCGUCUGUUCAAGGACUCAGCAGAGCUCAGGGAGACCAUGUCCAAGAUGCAGCACCACCACCUCUUCUCCAACAUCUCAGACGUCUGCGAGGCGAGCAAAGAGUUUUUUAAGGAACUGGAGGAAAGACACGAAAAGAACAUCGUCAUCAGUGACAUCAGUGACAUUGUUUGCAAGCAUGCUCAGUCCAACUUUGACCCUUUUAUCACCUACUGCUCCAAUGAGGUCUACCAGCAGAGAACUCUGCAGAAGUUGCUAUCCACAAAUCCAACUUUUAAGGAGGUAUUGACCAAGAUAGAGGCCCACCCAGACUGCAGAAACCUCCCGAUGAUCUCUUUCCUCAUCCUGCCCAUGCAGCGGAUCACCCGCCUGCCUCUGCUCAUGGAUACUAUUUGUCAGAAAACACCCAAAACCUCCAGGCAGUAUGAGGACUGCAAGACAGCUUUACAAGAAAUCAGCAAGGUGGUGCGAAAGUGUAACGAAGGAGCCCGGACGAUGGAGCGAACGGAAAUGUUGUGCACCAUCAACUCUCAGCUGGAGUUUAAGAUCAAGCCAUUCCCUUUGAUCUCAAGCUCCAGAUGGAUGGUAAAGAGAGGGGAGGUGACUUCAUUGGUGGAGGGCGUCUUCCUAAAGCGAACAACACGGCAGCACCUUUAUCUCCUCCUCUUCAAUGAUGUUCUCAUCAUCACCCGGAAGAAGAGCGAGGACAGUUACACCGUGGUAGACUAUGCUCUGAGGGAUGAGAUCUCCGUUAGCCUUUAUCAGCCUGAUGACCUCAAAACCAUGCUGAGCCCACGGCCGUCCUCCAAUCAUCUCUUCCAUCUUCACUUCGAACACAACCACUCUGGCGAAAAGAUGCACAGGAUCCUCGGGACUGAGUCUCUGAAUGAGCGUGCCCGAUGGAUCAGUGCUCUGGGCCAGAACCCCAACAACAAGGAUCAAGACAGAAGCAAUGCCAUCCAGGUGGAGGUGAUCAGGACUUACACAGCCAGACAGCCAGAUGAGCUUUCACUGCAAGUGGCAGAUGUGGUACUGGUGUCACAGACUGUAGAUGGCUGGUAUGAAGGUGAGCGUCUGCGUGAUGGGGAGCGGGGAUGGUUUCUGGCAGAGUGCGCCGUUCAAAUCACGUGCCAGGUCACCAUCGAACGCAACAUGCAGCGGAUGAAUCGCCUGCAGGGGCUGGAAACGGAUGUGUGAUGGGAUAACAAGGGGACGGCGUAAACUGCGUAACUGUGACGCCCCGACACGUCCAUGACCCCGAUCCUGAACCGCCGAUUUCCGACAAGUCAGUUCAGCGGCUAAGCUGAGCUACGAGACAACUCUAAUUUAACAGAAUGACAAAGAGGAAGCCGUCACCCUGCUUAGCGCGCUCUUAACACCAGUUCUUCCAACCGUUCAGAGGACAGAAGGUUUUCUGAAUCACUCAUCAGUCUGUGCUGGUUUGAUCUUUCGGGUCCAUUAAUUUGCCAGCCAGUCGGGAAACUUCACACUUAUAGCCAAAGCUGCUGCUUUCAGCACCCUGCCAUUAAAACAGUGUGAAAUUGUAACAAUUUUUUUAAACAAAUGUGCGCUUAAACUAGUCCAGAACCAUUGCAGGACAUAAACCAUGCCAAUUAGAGCAGAAAAGAACAUCAGCCAUGUCCUAAUGAGGCUCAGUUUGAGAGGAAGAGCUUUACUCCAACCAAUAUGUUAGACUUCCUGCUUCAUAUGAAAUCAGAGGCAUUGCAGCCGUCUGAGAGGAGCGAUGGCUUUCGCCGUCCUUCGGGUUAAGCAGAGGGCCAAAUGUCCGUCCUCUGCCUCGCUGUUUGUAAUGGCACAUCAUGAAUCACACUCCACAUUUGUGUCACGGGUGCCAUUAUUCUCUCCAUCACUUCAGUAAGGAGGAUCGAGGAGAGAGAAAAAAAAAAUACAACACUUGGCAGUGACCAGAGGUGGCUCUGUGCCUCUUUAGGAUUUAUAUUUGCGAUGCUCUAGAAAUUAAUGCCUGCGCUGAUGGUGAGACCCGCGGAGACGGGCGACCCCGCCUGGCCCGCUUUUAAUGUGAUUGUCCGGAGUGAGUCAUCUUUCAAGCGUUUCCCAGAUAUAAAGGAAAUAAAUGGCUUUGUCAGGGCAUGGCGAUAAUGCCAUCUAUCAAACCCACUUCUCUGGAGCUGACCCAGAUGAUGAGCACAAGAUUGGAAGAGGUGAGCAAAGCAGCCAGAGCCAGUGUGUGGACUCCGCAUUUUUGCACUCAGGGAAAACCGUUUGAUACCGCCCAUCUAAGCGUGACAUCGUCUUGUAAGAACUGUAAAUCUUCCGUGUAGAUAUGUAAAACAUGCAUGUUUUUGUUAAUACAGAUUUAUAUCAGAUCUUGUAAAUAGAAAAACUGAUGUUUGUUAUUAAAAACCUCUGCCGUCUCAGAUU